AUGGAAGAAGAAUCUGAAGAAAAUGAAGCAGAAGAGGAAUCUCAGGUAGGUGAAGCUAGUGAUGGCAAUGGCAAUCAGAUUUCUGUGAUUCAUGAUAAGAAUCAACAAAUUGAGCUAGCAGGCCGUGAUCAACCUCUAAGUGUUGGCAUGUAUUAUGCUAGUAUUAACGUUCUAUUCGAUGCAUACCUUUCUUAUGCUAGGGAGAAAAGUUUUAGUGUGGCUAAGAAGUCUGCUUCAAAAGGCAAUGACAAUACCCAACAUAAUCAUGAGUUGGACCCUAAUAUGUCCAAGUUCAUGAGAGUGCAUAGGAGUAUACCUUUAGCUAUAAAAAGAAGGCUUGAAGCACAUAACAUUGCUGAAAUAAGGCCAAGCAAAAGUGUUAGACUCCUAAAAGUGCAAGCUAGUGGUCCUGAGAAGUUAAGUUGUCUCCCAAGGGAUUGUCGUAAUUUUAUUGACAUAUUAAAAAGGUGGAAGCUUAGCAAUGGAGAUGCUGAUUACAUAAACAGGAUGUUUUUAAGAAUGCAACAACAAAAUACAAAUUUUUUUCACUUGAUUGAUACAGAUGAGGACCAGAGGCUUACUAAUGUGUUUUUGGUGCAUCCUCGGAGUAUUAUUGCUUAUGAAGAGUUUUGUGAUGUUGUAAGUGUUGAUACAACAUACCUCGUCAAUCAUUACAAAAUGCCAUUUGCAAGCAUUGUUGGAGUUAAUCAUCACAGCCAAUCAAUUCUAUUGGGUAGUGCACUUAUUUCUCAUGAGGAUGCUAAGACUUUUAAAUGGGUUUUCAGUACGUGGCUUAUAGUAAUGUGUGGUCGUGCUCCAAAUGCAAUCAUGACAGAUCAAUGUGAGAGCAUGAAAAGCACAAUAAGGGAAGUUAUGCCUAAUGCAACCCAUAGGUUUUGUAUAUGGCACAUUCUUUGUAAGGUUCCUGAGAAGUUGAAGGGUGUUCAAGAGUAUGACAAGGCAAAGAAGGAGUUUAUUACACUCAUAUAUGACAGCCUAAGUCCUACAAUGUUCGAGAGAAAUUGGCAUGAAUUUGUUGUGAAGUAUAAUUUGGAAGGUAACGAAUGGUUAUUGAAGCUUUACAACGAAAGACAGUUUUGGGUUCCAGUUUAUGUCAACCAUAUCUUCUGGCCUGGAAUGCUAUUAACUCAAAGAAGUGAGGGUAUGCAUGUUUAUUUUGAUGGGUAUGUUAACUCCUUUAGCACUUUGAAGCAAUUUAUUGAGCAACACGAGAUUGCAUUAAGAGAUAAGGUUGAAAAAGAGUUCUUUGCAGAUUUCAGAUCCAAAAACACAGUUGUGAAUUGUAUUUUAGAUUUUCAAUGGAAGCGACAAUUUCAAGAGGCUUACACUACUGGCAUUGAAGAUGUUAAUGAAGAUGAUGAAGAAUUUGACGAGCCAGGGUUUGAACAGCAUAAAAUUCUGGAAAGAAGUUUGAUGAAUGACUGGUAUGUGAAGGAACAUGUUUAUAGUAUUCUUUAUAAUGAAGAAGGCUCUAUGUUCAUAUGCAAUUACAGAAAAUUUGAAUCAAAUGGCAUAUUGUGCGCUCAUAUAUUGAAGGUAAUUACCCUUAAAGAUAUAAGGCAAAUUCAUGAAAGAUACAUGAUAAGGAGAUGGAGAAAAGAUGUUUACCGUAGGCACAGUAACAUGUUUUGUGAUGCAGGGUACCCUCAUAUGACAGAGGAAUACAAAAAAUUCAAGGAAAUUGAUAAGAGUUUUAAUGAAGCUGCAGAUAUGGCUAAGGAAAGUGUUUCAAGACUUGAACGUAUGAAGGCAUGUCUAGAGGAUUUGAAGUUAGGAUUUCAAAACUGGGAUGGUCGAUUGAAUAAUGCUAAUGACAAUGUAAAUGGUGAUGCUCCGGAUGAUGGUGAUAGAGAUUUACAAACUCAAAUAAUGAUUGUCCGAAAUCCAAUUGUUGCAUCUAGUCGAGGACGUCCACGGGGUAGUCGUUUUAGGUUUGCAUUUGAAAGAAGGCAUAAUAGCGGUGCUCGUGGUCGUGGUCGAACUAGAGGGCGUGGCAGAGUUCGUGGACAAGCUUCAAAUAAUGCUUUAACUCAAGAAUCUCAAUACCAAGCAUCAAAUGUUGAUGUAAGAAAUCUUACAUUGAAUGUCAAUGAUAGUUUUUUUGUUUCUUCUAGCCAAGCUGCUGAAAAUUGGAUUAGUCUUUAA